UGCUUUUCUACGGGAUGAAAAAAAAUCGUUUGUGUCAAAAAUUGAAAACAUGUUAUCGGCAUUAAAAUUCGAAAACGAAAAACUGCAAAAACUAACUUCAGUUAAGAAUUUUUUAAAAUUUCUUUUAUUGCAAUUUCUUCAUUUGCUUCAAAAAAUGUUUCCGUCAAAAUUCUUUAGUAACGACUCUUUACCAAGCUUGCAAGGUUCUCUCUUGUCCCUGAAUUCUGUGUAUUCGAACACGUAUGGCCCUACCACACGCAUGGAACUCUAUCCACGUCGCCGUAACACCGAGUUUUACUAUGAACCCCAGCCUAUGGAAGAGUAUCAGAGUCGUGUCUGCGAGCAUCCCCAAGACAAACUACAGCACCAGCAACGGAGCUCGAAAUACGAAUUGGAGCCCAUCAAGGAAGAAACGCCAAAGCUACGCAUCAAUCCUCCAAAGAACUCGGAUAUGCGCAUGUUUCGCAACAGCUAUUUCUCCUGAUGUGAUGCACUGCUGCUUUGGCCCUUCGAGUGGGUGGAUUGCUGUGAAGUGAGUAGAGUGAGCUGAGUGGUCUGUAUGAAAUGUGGCCGUGAUUUUCGUUUAAAUUCUUACGCACAACUAUAUUUUUGCAAAAUAAAACACGAUUUGAAAAUGAACAAGA